CGGACAGAGACAGUGACGAAGGAAACAAUCGGCAACGUCCAGUCUCAUAAAUUAAUACAAAUAUCGACUCCUGGAGCGUCGGGAGUCAUUCGGCGCCGAGUCAGCGUCGGGGGAGGACCUUCCACGCUCCUGCCGCCUCCAACUUAGGUGUUCGCAAACGUGUGAAGUUGAGUUGGUGUCUGUGUUCAGUGCGGACUCAAACACCCUGCCGGCCGGUGUUGCGCCUCCCCUCAGCAGCGCGGCUGGGUUUACAUGUCGUUUUUCAGUGAGAUAGACACCAAAGACUAACAAAUGACUCUCCACCGAAGACCAAUCGUUCGGCCACAGCACUGUAAGGUGGAAUUUGUGGUCGGAGAGGAGUGCAAGCCUGAGCUAUUGUGUGGGUGUCUGGCCCUAGCUUAGCGAGUGUUUGUGUGGCGGUGUCCAGGUGACCGUCAUCACAACAAGCCAGAGCGUCCCUGCUCCAGCCGCCACCCCGCCACCGCCGAUGGACAAUAGAAUUACCCUCCCCUUGCCGUCUGUCCGUGGGCUGAAAGUGCAUGUACUCUCUGUGACUUGAUAUAUAAUGUUUAUUAAGACCACCUUAUUUACUUCAUUGGAUUUCUAGAUUUCUCAGGUAAAUGAGAUUGUGUUACCGAGCGAGCACAAAGACUGCAAACACUGACGUGCGUGGCUCUGAUGUAUGGUAAUUUGGCCUCGCUUGUGACGUGGUGCCUCCAAACACUCCAAGCCUCCGCGCCAGACUGCUGACCGUGGCCUGACAGAUACUGUUGUGUGACCUUGAAGGAACGUUUGCUGAAACAAUUGACCAAGAGGAGAUAGAUAAAUAAAUAGAAGAAUAAAUAUGUAAAUAAGUAUAUGGAUAAAUAAGUUUGCCAAUAUGCAUGCAACAUUAGCAUCGUGAGCGUCCGUGACCCUUCACGCGGCGCCGCUGCAGCAGGAUCCAGCUGGCCUUGACACCAUAGGAGCCGCUGAACUCAUGAGCCACCUACGCACCAUCAGCGUAGCGGCGGGACGACACAUCUUACUUUAAUGCAAGUCUUCAGCGAAGUAUCCCGCCUCUUCAAGAUGGGCAUCUGUCUGGACACAGGCCAGCGCCCAGAGUCCCUCAGUCUUCACGACCUGUACGAAGAUCGCAGCGGGUCGCCAUUAGUGAGUGAAGGCAAGAAUGGUGAGGCGGGCACGACAGCCGCCACUACCCCGGCCACCAUGGCACCAACGGGACCCACUGCCGCUGCCCCGACGGAGACCAUCACGGGGGCACCUGUCAUCUUCUUUUUGGGGGGUCCAGGCAGCGGAAAGAUGACGCACGCUCAGAACCUUGCCGACAUCCACGAGGGUUACCGCCAUAUCAACCUCACCGUCGUGAUUAGCGAGUACAUCAAGGAGAACGACCUCGGAUCGCCACAGUCCAUCUCAGCGAGCAUCGGGCUGGCACUGCUUGCCCGGGAGAUGCACCUGUCGCCCCGCUGCAAGGGUUACCUGGUGUCUGGGUACCCGCGCCACUUAGACGACGUGCAUCACUACAACGAUAAGCUGGGUCGACCCACGGGAGCCAUCCUGCUGGAGUGGGACCGAGCUACCCUCAUCAGGAACAUUGAGUUGAGAAUGCGAGAAUAUUACGCGAGCCACGCCAUGCGCCUCUCCCACACUGCGCGGCGGCUGGGCAACAUCGACGGGGCCAUCCUACUUGACUGGAGAGAGUCAACGCUGCUCAACAACCUGGAGGCGGGUGCGCGGAUGGGUUCACUCAUGCUGGAGGCGGCGAAGAAGGAGCUGACGGAAUUCACCACGAAGGUCCUGCCAGUGUGUGAAUACUACGACAAUCUGGGGAUGCUUUACGUGGUGUCUGGUGAGAGGAGUCAGGAGGAGGUGUUCAGGGACGUUCAAAGGGCACACUCCAAGAUACUUCGUUCCGCGCUUCACCCUCCGCCAUCACGCGCCUCUGUUGGCUCCUACCGGGAGUACCGCAGGAUGGCGCCAAUAACGCAACACCAGCCGCUGUCCAACGCCACCAUUACUGCGCCGCCGGAGGAGGAGGCUCUCCCGCCCUGCAUCUUUUUUAUGGGUGGCCCAGGGAGUGACAAAUGGCGCCUCAUGAGCGGCAUCACUUAUCUAUAUCCUGGAUGGGCGUGCGUGGGCGUGGGCCAGAUGCUGCGGGACCACGUGGCGCGUUGGAAGGAGGACCCAGAGUCGUACACAGGCAUGCCCAACGAGAAGGUGGUGAUGGUACACAACCUCAUGAAGAAAGGAGAGCUGGUACCGCAGGACCUGGUGUUGGACUUGCUACAGGAGAGGAUAAAGGAGCUGAGUUCUCGCGAGGGCAUCGUGCUGGUGGGCUUCCCUAGGGACAUCAUCCAGGCACAGAACUUCGAGGAAAAGUUCCACCAGAUCCCGCCCUUGUUGCUCAUUGACUGCUCAGAGUUGGAGCUGGGGAGGAAUCUUGGCCGCAGAGAGUGGCGUCUGGACGACAACGUAGCGGCGGCGCGAAGAAGGCUGGCCAUUUACCGUGAAGUCACGUUGCCCAUGCUCAAGGCCUUCGAUGAAAAGAACAGACUCAAGAUUAUUGAUGGCGACGCUGACUGGGAGCAGGUGGAAAGGGAGACUAAGCGAGCCAUCUACGUAGAGACCCAGAACCUUGCUCGGCGCGGCAUCAGGUCGGCAGGAGUCACGCCUACUCCCUCCCCACGUCGCGGCCUCGUGCGCCCCUCUACUUCCACCUUCCCCAGUGAAGUCGCCGCCGCUACCGUCAGCAGGGAACCGCCAGCAGAAGACCCCAAUCUAGACCAGCCCAACGGCCCCGUCCCUGGCAGCCCCAGCCGCCUUCCUGACCAGGAGAUGAAGCCUCUCCCUCGGGAGCUGAGAGGCGUCGUGACAGAGACGACGCCCAGGAGUCAGUUGCGGCACGAGCUGGUCUGACCCCGCUGAGGCGCCGGCGAGUGGCUGUGAUACCAAUAUCUUCCAGUAGAGACACAGGGAGGCGCCACGUCUGUGUGUGUGUGUGUGUGUGUGUGUGUGUGUGUGUGUGUGUGGGUGGGUGGGUGUGUGUGUGUGUGUGUGUGUAUUUCAGUCAGUUGGAAUCCAGUGGAGAAAACCAAGCCUCCGUGCCUCAUUUAAUCGGUUUGUGUAAAUUUUGUCUUCGUCGGUCUCACUCCAGCCCUGCUCCCCGUGCUGUGUGUAGAGGGUUGCUAGUCGUCUCACAGCCUCUAAUGUAUUCCUGAUGCUGUGAAGCGUGGUACCCACAGCACGACAACAGCAGCAUCUUUUUUAUUCGUUGCCAUUCUGUUCAGUGACUAGUAAGUUCUCCAGUGUGUGCCGGCCUUGGCAAACUACUCAGGUGAGCGUUGCUGAUGACCAAGCAGUGGUUGUCUACUUAGACGUGAGCAUGAUGGUUAUGGCAGCAAGAUACGUAAUGGUGACGCCAAGACAGGGACGUGGUGGUGGUGACGCCAAGACAGGGUUCGUGGUGGUGGUGACGCCAAGACAGGGACGUGGUGGUUGUAAUAACAUGAACAGUUAGCGGUGGCAAUGGCGGUAAGCCUGAGGUGAUGUGCCUGUGGUACCAAAACUGUGUAACGCGCGUUGGCUGUGGCACAAGAACAAACGCAUUAUUAUUAUUUUUUUUUUUUUAUCAUUCCGCCAGUAGCCACAAAACCUUGAUCUUAACUUGAGGUGAUAUCAUGGCUGCUUUCAGAGAUGGCCGUGGCCUUUGUACCAAUUCACAUUUUGAUCAUUCUUGUCAUAACAUGAGUCAGUGCAUCAUGUCAACAACCCUCAAUGUUUCUAGGUAUUCCUCGUGUAACCUGCAGCAGUUUCGGUGAAAGUUGGCGUGCAGAAGUGAUUGAUCCUUUCAAAAGAAAUGAUGUUUGCUCAUCAACACUUUCAAGAGGAAGGUUUCAUGACAUUUAUCUCCAAAUAUGGGAAUUUUUUUUUUUUUUUUUUUUUUUUUGUUACCCUUGGCCAGAGUCUUUUCUUUUAUGCAAAUGUAAAUUCAAUGGAAGUUAUUCUAAAUAAACACAUACUUGGUUGAAACAACGUUGAGACCAGAAUAGCUUCUCUGUUACCUCCAUGAACAAAGACUCACCUGUGACUCACCACAGAGUUGUACUAAAGUGUACCUUGAAAUAUGAUAUCUAUAAAACACAAUGAUUUAAUGUUACGAUAUCUUACAUCUAUGUGAAAUGCCUUUAUUCAUUCCACUUCGCUUACUUACGCAGCGAAGUAUAAGAAAAUAUGUAUAAAGAUUAAUAGUGCUGAGAUCAUUAAGUUCCGUACAGUCAUGACAGUAUACGAUUGUCCACAGUAGAGGUGCUAAUGGUGCUAAGACAGAACCGCAGUGCCUGAUGGAGUGUGGUGACAGUGGCACCGUGGCACUGGGGCCGGGGCGAGGGCAGGGUGGGUGGCUGUGAAUCCAAGACAAGAUGGUGACGCCAAUACUAAACUGCAGUGUGUGUACGUACGUAUGUGUAUUACAGCGGUACUCGACCAACUGUUUUGUACGUACCUGUAUUAUGAAGACACCUUGCUGUACCUUUUGUUUCCCGGAUGUUGUGUAGGGUAUGUUCAAUUGCUUAUUUAUCUCUUCAUUUACCCAUCUAUCAAUUUAUCGAUUUAUGUAUUCCUCGAUAUACCUUUCCGCCAUUUGUUUAUGCAGUUAUUUAUUUAUAUUUGCAACGUUAUUUACAGAUGCUAAAACAUUUAAUAAUUGCAACAUUAAACUGUAUUGCAAGUGUGUGUGUGUGUGUGUGUGUGUGUGUGUGUGUGUGUGUGUGUGUGUGUGUGUGUGUGUGUGUGUGUGUGUGUGUACAGUACAUUGGGUGUCGUGUUUCCAAGGUGAGUGAAGCAUUGUUUACUUACCAUGAUCGUCAACAGUUCCUGUGCUCGAGUGCUUUACCUGGUGACGCGCGGAGGACACUCAUCAGCCUUUCAAUAAAACUCAGCACGGCUGG